GCAGAGCACUAGCAGUCACACAGCAAAGCCUUGAAGUGGCAGCAGCACAGCUCUCCCUGACAGUAACUGAGCACAAUGGCACCUUGCAGCAUUAGCCCACAGCCCGCUAGCACCAAUAGAAAGAUGAGAAAACCAGUGGUUGAAAAGAUGAGGAGAGAUCGGAUUAACAGCAGCAUCGAGCAGCUCAGGAUGUUACUGGAGAAAGAGUUUGAGAAACAUCAUCUCCCAACCAAACCAGAGAAAGCUGACAUUCUGGAGGUGGCAGUGAGCUUCCUACAGCAGCAAUUAGUUACCAAAUCUGCUGAUAUAUCAGGCAAAUCCUACAAGGAGGGAUAUUCCAAAUGUGUUGAAGAGUCGCUGCAUUUCUUGUCGGCUCGCAAUCAUCACAGUGAAGGAAACCUGCUCAAACAUUUCCAUGGUCAUCAGUGUUCCUCAGUAGAAACCCACCAGUCUCAGCUGCUCCCUGGACAGUCCCCUUUGACCAACCCUGUCACCAACAGCAAAGUUUUGUGGAGACCAUGGUGAAAGGGUUAAUAAGAAGAGUUUGUCAGACAGUCAGUGAACUGACACUUUGGACUGCCAGCUGGAAACACUUUAUGAGCAAAUCUGUAUAUUCCUGUGGAAUAAUAUACAAGUAUAGCCUCUAGGUUUGAAGUAUAUCCCAAGUAGUGCAAUAUUUGCAUCAUCUGAAGUACAGUACUGACUGAAUGUUACAUAUAUACAUAUAUAAUUUUAUAUAUAUUAUUUGUUAGGCAUAUUGCCUGUCUACUUUGAGUUGUUCUGAUGGAAAUGGCUCUCUCAUUUCUUCUGGGACUGGACUGUGUAUAUUUCCAGCAGCUGGAAUAAUAAUACAAGUAUUUUCAUCUUGAACACAGGUUGAGUAGGAGGAAAUGUUUUUUUUUUUUUCAAAAUUAAAAUGUAAUAUUGUUUCUAUGAAAUAAGUUGCUCUGUUAGUAAGUAAUAUCAGUUAUGAUACAUUUAUAUGUAUUCUGUGAUCAGAAAUGGUGUGCUCUGUGAGCUUAAUAAAUACACAAAUUGUGCAAAUA